UAUUAUAUGCUCACACGGUCAAAUUCACCCUUACCCUCACGUUUUAGAGCCAUCUUUCAGCCUUCUCCCUAACAGAGCCACCCUUGCUCUGCCACCGCUCUAUCUUUUUGGCUCGUUUGUGCAGUUUCCCUCAGAGCCACCCUUCGUAUCUUGCCGUCUUCCUCACUCCGCCACCUCUAUUUGUCGCCAUCUCCCUCACUCCGUCAAUCUCUCUAUAUCGUCGUCUCUCUAAUCCUUUCGUGUCACCCUCUUUGUCGUGGGCUAAUUUUGGGUCUUUUUCUGUGUUAUGUUUUGGGUAUUGUGGAGAAGAAGGGUAACCUGUGUACGAGCUUAAUUAUUUUGGGCAGAGAGUGUGGGGAGAAGAAUAUGCCUAAUCAAAUAUAAGAGUGGGUUUCUUCUCUUUAUCAAUAUAGGAGAAGAAGUUGUUGAUAUUCCAUAGACCAGUGUGUAUGGUAUGGCCUACGCUGACUUCCUGAAUUUGUUGUUUGCGGUUGGGGUUUGGUGUGUUGCCUAUAUUGCUGCUGCAGUUCUUGAAUCUCUUAGAAUCUUCAAUUCUCUCUGCCCAACUUGAUUUUGUCAUUGAGGCUGUUUGAAGGCAUCAUGGGGUAUGCUCAGCUUGUAAUUGGCCCUGCAGGAAGUGGAAAGUCAACAUACUGUUCUAGUCUUUACCGACAUUGUGAAGCUGUUGGGAGGACUAUACAUAUUAUAAACCUAGAUCCUGCUGCAGAAAACUUUGAUUACCCUGUCGCCUUUGAUAUUAGAGAACUGAUUUCAUUGGAAGAUGUUAUGGAGGAACUCGGCUUAGGUCCCAAUGGUGGCCUUAUGUACUGCAUGGAACACCUCGAAGAAAAUUUGGAUGAUUGGUUAACAGAAGAAUUGGAAAAUUACUUGGAUGAUGACUACCUUGUUUUUGACUGUCCAGGUCAGAUAGAACUUUUUUCGCAUGUUCCUGUGCUUCGGAAUUUUGUGGACCAUUUGAAAAGUAGAAACUUCAAUGUUUGUGGAGUAUAUUUGCUUGAUUCUCAGUUUAUGACGGAUGUGACUAAGUUCAUUAGUGGGUGCAUGGCAUCUCUCUCUGCAAUGGUCCAGCUUGAGUUGCCCCAUGUUAAUAUUCUCUCCAAAAUGGACCUUGUCUCAAACAAGAAGGAUAUUGAAGAUUUUUUGGAACCGGAGCCUCAGUUUUUGUUGUCAGAGUUAAAUCAAAGGAUGGCUCCUCAAUUUGCAAAGCUGAAUAAAGCUUUGAUUGAACUGGUUGAUGAGUUUAGCAUGGUGAGCUUUAUACCACUGGAUUUGAGGAAGGAGAGCAGUAUAAAGUAUGUGCUGGCUCAAAUUGACACAUGCAUACAAUUUGGAGAAGACGCUGAUGUGAAGAUCAAGGACUUUGAUCCAGAAAAUGAUGACUGAGAUUUUCCCGUCAUAUUUAUCUGAGAUGUGUUGCGUUAAAAGCUUUUUGGUGUUAUGGAGUGAUACAGCAUCGAGUAAAAGAAGACAUGCAUUGAGUUAUGAUGAUUUUUAAAGUGGUUCUUUUUAAAGUUUGGAGAAUGCUCGAAGCAGAGUUUGUGGAUUUUGAAAAAUGAAAUGCAAAUAGUUUUUUUUUUAACAUCUUUCAUUUGACGAGAUUACGUUAAUGUCUGAUUUGUCAAGAGGAAGAGUUAAUAUAUUAAUAUACUAAAUGAGGUUAUUAUAAGUAGUAA